GCAUCGCUGGACUCCCACUUUGCGUGGCAGGGUCCCGGCUCGUCUCUCCUCUCUCGGUCUUUCACGGGAGUGCGCCAUCACUGGCGUAUCGUAUUUUUGUGUUGUUGAGAAAAUCUUUAAACAUCCAAAAUGGUUAACUUCACCGUCGACGAAAUCCGUAACAUGAUGGACAAAAAACGGAAUAUCCGUAAUAUGUCCGUCAUUGCCCAUGUAGAUCACGGAAAGUCAACAUUAACAGACUCCCUUGUAUCCAAAGCUGGUAUCAUUGCUGGUGCUAAGGCUGGAGAAACCCGUUUCACCGACACCCGUAAAGAUGAACAGGAACGUUGUAUUACCAUCAAAUCUACCGCUAUUUCUAUGUUCUUUGAACUUGAAGACAAAGAUCUUGUCUUCAUUACAAACCCUGACCAACGUGAGAAGGAAACUAAGGGAUUCUUGAUCAACUUGAUCGAUUCCCCCGGGCACGUCGAUUUCUCCUCCGAAGUAACAGCUGCCCUCCGUGUAACUGAUGGCGCUCUUGUCGUAGUCGACUGUGUAUCAGGUGUAUGUGUACAAACCGAGACCGUACUCCGUCAAGCUAUUGCUGAACGUAUCAAGCCAAUCUUGUUCAUGAACAAGAUGGACCGUGCUCUUCUUGAAUUGCAAUUGGAUGCUGAAGAGUUGUACCAAACUUUCCAACGUAUUGUUGAAAACGUUAACGUCAUCAUCGCUACUUACAACGAUGACGGCGGCCCAAUGGGAGAAGUACGUGUCGACCCAAGCAAGGGUUCCGUCGGUUUCGGUUCCGGUCUCCACGGCUGGGCCUUUACCCUUAAGCAGUUUGCUGAGAUGUACUCCGAAAAAUUCAAGAUCGACGUUGUCAAGCUAAUGAACAGGCUCUGGGGUGAGAACUUCUUCAACCCCAAAACCAAGAAGUGGGCUAAGCAAAAGGAAGCUGACAACAAACGUUCCUUCUGCAUGUACAUCUUGGAACCCAUUUACAAGAUCUUCGACUCCAUUAUGAACUACAAGAAGGAAGAAUAUGAAGCCCUCCUCCCCAAAUUGGGCAUCACCAUCAAGCAUGAAGACAAAGAUAAGGAUGGAAAACAACUACUCAAAGUUGUUAUGCGCACAUGGUUGCCAGCUGGUGAAGCUCUGCUUCAGAUGAUUGCCAUUCAUCUUCCAUCUCCAGUAACUGCUCAAAAAUACAGAAUGGAAAUGUUGUAUGAAGGACCUCAUGACGAUGAAGUCGCCGUCGGUAUCAAGAACUGUGACCCCAACGCACCUCUCAUGAUGUACGUCUCCAAAAUGGUACCCACCUCUGACAAGGGACGUUUCUACGCUUUCGGACGUGUAUUCUCUGGAAAGGUCGCCACCGGUAUGAAGGCUCGUAUCAUGGGCCCCAACUACACCCCUGGUAAGAAGGAAGAUUUGUACGAAAAGGCCAUCCAACGUACAAUUUUGAUGAUGGGUCGUUACGUCGAAGCCAUCGAAGACGUUCCAUCCGGUAACAUUUGCGGUCUCGUCGGUGUAGAUCAAUUCUUGGUCAAGACCGGUACCAUCACCACCUUCAAGGAUGCUCACAACUUGAAGGUCAUGAAAUUCAGUGUAUCCCCUGUAGUACGUGUCGCUGUUGAACCCAAGAACCCUGCUGAUUUACCCAAGCUUGUUGAAGGUCUAAAACGUUUGGCCAAAUCCGAUCCUAUGGUGCAAUGUAUCAUUGAAGAAUCCGGUGAACACAUCAUUGCCGGUGCUGGUGAAUUGCAUUUGGAAAUCUGCUUGAAGGAUUUGGAAGAAGACCAUGCUUGCAUCCCAAUCAAGAAAUCCGACCCAGUUGUAUCCUACAGAGAAACUGUCAGUGAGGAAUCUGACCAGAUGUGUUUGUCCAAAUCUCCCAACAAGCACAAUAGGUUGUUCAUGAAGGCCUGCCCAAUGCCUGAUGGUCUUGCUGAAGACAUUGAUGACGGCAACGUUAACCCAAGGGACGACUUCAAAUCUCGUGCCCGUUACCUGAGCGACAAGUACGAGUAUGAUGUCACUGAAGCCCGUAAGAUCUGGUGCUUCGGUCCAGACGGCACAGGACCAAACAUCCUUGUUGAUUGUACUAAGGGAGUACAAUACUUGAACGAAAUCAAGGACUCCGUUGUCGCCGGUUUCCAAUGGGCCACGAAAGAAGGUGUCCUCUCUGAAGAGAACUUGCGUGGUGUCCGUUUCAACAUCUACGACGUUACCCUCCACGCUGAUGCUAUCCAUCGUGGUGGUGGUCAAAUCAUUCCAACAACCCGUCGUUGUCUCUACGCCUGUCUGUUGACUGCUGCUCCGAGAUUGAUGGAACCUGUAUACCAGUGUGAAAUCCAAUGUCCUGAAGUUGCUGUUGGUGGUAUCUAUGGUGUAUUGAAUAGAAGACGUGGUCACGUAUUUGAAGAACAACAAGUGGCUGGUACCCCCAUGUUCGUCGUCAAGGCUUACCUUCCAGUAAACGAAUCCUUCGGUUUCACCGCUGACUUGCGUUCCAACACUGGUGGACAAGCUUUCCCACAAUGCGUGUUUGAUCACUGGCAGGUACUUCCUGGAGACCCGCUCGAAACUGGAACCAGACCAUACACCGUCGUACAAGACACUCGUAAGAGGAAGGGUCUUAAAGAAGGACUCCCAGACCUUACUCAAUACUUGGACAAAUUGUAAACACUGGGUUAUGGUUAGGUUUUGUACAGAUUUAUUUAAAGAUUAUCAACCAUUUAAAUUUAUAUUUACCCAAUAAAUUAAUGUGCUAUGUUACUUUAGUAAUUUUUUUACAUUUAAAAAUAACAGGGUCAAUAUAUGCAGUUUUCUCACUUCAACUUCAAUCCCGCAAUAUAUAAUAUGAAUCUGUUUAAAACUUGCAUUUUGUUUUUGUGUUAGUUACAGAUAUAUUCUGUAUCCAUCUUGCAGAAGUAAAGUAAAAUCUAAAACAAG